AUGACCAAGGACAUCCCCUUCUACACCACCAACGAGGACAAGAGAAGACUGCGUAUUUUUCUGAUCAGACACGGUCAAACCGCGGAAAAUGCUAAAAAGAUCCUUCAGGGCCAUCUCGAUACCGACUUGAAUGAGACAGGCAUCGAGCAAGCGCAGAAAUUGGGUCAGUACCUGUCGAAAAAUAGAGAUAUCAAGUUCGAUCGAGUCUUCAGCAGCGACCUGAAACGGUGCCAGCAAACCUCUGCUCAUGUCCUGAGUGAGUAUCCCGAAUCAGAGAGACCAGAUGUGAUUUUGAAGUACGGGCUAAGGGAGCGCUCUAUGGGUGAAAUCCAGGGCAUGUUUUUGAGCGACGCGGAGAAAUACGCUGAGAAGCACGGUAAGGCCUCGUUCCGCGAUUUUGGCGAGACACCGGAGGACUUCGAGCGCAGGCUAACGCAAACGGUUUCGGAUAUUGCUCAAAACUGCACGGAAAUGCAAAACAUCGCUCUUGUCAGUCAUGGGGGCUCGAUCAGACAGCUUUUGAAGUGGUUCAACUACACUGAGCACGACAUGCACCGAAUCAUCGUGUUCAACACGUCCUGCACUAUUAUAGACUACCUUAAAGACGAUGCCAAAUUCGAGGUGAAGAGGGUUGGAAAUACGCAACAUUUGGGUGAUGGAGAAUUCAUUGUCAGUGACUUGCGCCUGCGCUAA